AUGAAUCCUAUCCAUCGCAGAGAGUCAGUGUGCAGGAGUUUGUUCGGCCCGGUGGACCACGACCAGCUGCGCCGAGAUUUGAAGAUGAAGCUGAAGGAAAUCACAGAGCAGGAUAGCCGCCGCUGGAACUUUAACUUCCAGACUGACACACCUCUGCCCGGCAGGUUUCAGUGGGAGGAAGUCCCAGCACACUGCGCUGCUGCUCUCUACCAGGAGUCUGAACAUCUGGAGGAAUCUGCAAUCUGUUAUCCAAACACUGAGAGUGAUGACAGACUCCUCGCAGCCACCAACCAGGAGAACUGCUCCAACAUCUCCAACACACCCAAGUUUCCCGGUGAAGUGACGCCACUCCGGAGAAAGAGGAAGACUCCCACAAAGCCAGCAGUGAAGCCCAGAAGCAAUGCACGAAUUACAGAUUUUUUCGUAAAGAGGAGGAGGACGUCAGAAACAAAGAGCACCCUGAAUUCCUUUGUCACAAGUUCCAGUGAAGCAGCUCUCUGCAAAACAAUAAGAUGA